AACAGUAUCUCAAGGUGCCAGGCCCCCGGGCUCCGGGUCCAAGGGGCAGUUGCAGCCGAGCGUCUGGCCAGCCCUCCGCCGGAGAGCAUGCCCCCAGCAGCGCUGUCAUCAACAACUACCUGGACGCCACCGAGCACGUGUCCUCAGAGGCCCGUCUGAGCCGCAUGCACUUCCGCGACAACCAGAGGAAGGUCGACUACGUGCUCGCCUACCACUACCGGAAACGCGGGGCGCACCCGGGCCAUGGCUCCCCGGGCCAGUCGCUGGCUGUCGUCUCCAACGGAGAGACGGGCAAGGAGCCCAGCGUGGGGGGCCUGGGGGCCAUCGAGCUGGGGCCGCUCGACGCCUUGGAGGAGGAGAGGAAGGAGCAGCGCGAGGAGUUCGAGCACCGCCUGGUGGAGGCCGGGCUGGAGCUUGAGAAGGACGUGGAGAAUAAAAACCAGGGAUCCGUCUUUGUCCGGAUACACGCCCCGUGGCAGGUGCUGGCCAGAGAGGCAGAAUUCUUGAAGAUCAAAGUUCCCACCAAGAAAAUGUACGAGAUCAAGACUGGAAACAGCAUUGCCAAGAAGUUCAGCGUGGUUCUGCAGAAGCUGAGCUCGCCCCUGAAGCCCAGAGUUCCGGAACACAGCCACAACAAGAUGAAGAACCUCUCCUACCCAUUCUCCAGGGAGAAGAUGUACCUGUACAACAUUCAGGAAAAGGACACCUUCUUUGAUAAUGCCACCCGUAGCCGCAUCGUGCACGAGAUCCUGAAACGCACGGCCUGCUCCCGAGCCAACAACACGAUGGGUAUCAACUCUCUGAUAGCACACAAUAUCUACGAGGCUGCCUACCCUCUUCACGAUGGUGAAUACGACAGCCCUGGGGAUGAAAUGAACGACAGAAAGUUGCUGUAUCAAGAAUGGGCACGCUAUGGAGCGUUUUAUAAGUUUCAACCCAUUGACCUCAUCAGAAAGUACUUUGGAGAAAAAAUUGGACUGUAUUUUGCCUGGCUGGGAUUAUAUACAUCAUUCCUCAUCCCAUCUUCUGUAAUCGGAGUGAUUGUGUUUCUUUAUGGAUGUGUAACAAUUGAAGAAGAUAUUCCCAGCAGGGAGAUGUGCGACCAGCAGAACACCUUCACCAUGUGUCCCCUGUGUGACAAGUCCUGUGACUACUGGAACCUCAGCUCAGCCUGUGGGACCGCGCGUGCCAGCCACUUGUUUGACAACCCCGCCACCGUCUUCUUCUCCGUCUUCAUGGCUCUGUGGGCUACCAUGUUUCUGGAAAACUGGAAGAGACUACAGAUGCGACUGGGCUACUUCUGGGACCUGACUGGCAUAGAAGAAGAAGAAGAACGUGCCCAGGAACACUCCCGGCCUGAGUAUGAAACCAAAGUUCGAGAGAAAAUGCUUAAGGAGAGCAACAAGUCGGUUGUCCAGAAACUGGAGGCAACUCCGACGGAAGGUGAUGAUGAGGAUGGCGAAGACAAGCUCACCUGGAAAGAUCGCUUCCCCGGCUACCUGAUGAGCUUGGCCUCCAUCUUGUUCAUGAUUGCCCUGACAUUCUCAAUUGUCUUUGGGGUGAUUGUGUAUCGGAUCACAACUGCAGCUGCUCUGUCUCUCAACAAGGCCACACGCUCCAAUGUCCGGGUGACAGUGACAGCCACGGCGGUCAUCAUCAACCUUGUGGUCAUCAUCAUCCUGGACGAGAUCUACGGUGCCGUGGCCAAGUGGCUCACCAAAAUUGAGGUCCCGAAAACAGAACAGACUUUCGAAGAGCGCUUGAUCCUCAAAGCUUUCUUGCUAAAGUUUGUCAAUGCCUACUCCCCCAUCUUCUAUGUGGCCUUUUUCAAGGGGAGGUUUGUGGGCAGGCCUGGAAGCUACGUCUACGUGUUUGACGGCUACCGCAUGGAAGAGUGUGCUCCAGGGGGCUGCCUCAUGGAGCUCUGCAUCCAGCUCAGCAUCAUCAUGUUGGGAAAGCAGCUGAUCCAGAACAACAUUUUUGAGAUCGGAGUCCCGAAGCUGAAGAAACUAUUUCGGAAGCUGAAAGAUGAGACGGAACCCGGAGAAGCUGACUCUGCCCAUUCCAAGCAUCCAGAGCAGUGGGAUCUAGACUAUAGGCUGGAGCCAUACACCGGUCUAGCCCCAGAGUACAUGGAAAUGAUCAUCCAGUUUGGCUUCGUCACCCUCUUUGUGGCCUCCUUUCCCCUGGCGCCCGUGUUUGCUCUCCUCAACAAUGUCAUUGAAGUGCGGCUGGAUGCCAAGAAGUUUGUCACUGAGCUGAGAAGGCCAGAUGCUGUGAGAACAAAAGACAUCGGAAUCUGGUUUGACAUUCUCUCUGGAAUCGGCAAGUUCUCUGUUAUCAGCAACGCUUUUGUCAUUGCCAUCACCUCUGACUUUAUUCCCCGCCUGGUGUACCAGUACUCCUACAGUCACAAUGGGACUCUCCAUGGCUUUGUCAACCACACCCUCUCCUUCUUCAACGUCAGCCAGCUGAUGGAGGGAACGCAGCCAGAAAACUCCCAGUUCGACCAGGAGGUUCAGUUCUGCAGGUUUAAGGACUACCGGGAGCCGCCGUGGGCACCGAGCCCUUACGAGUUCUCCAAACAGUACUGGUUCAUUCUGUCCGCCCGCCUGGCUUUUGUCAUCAUCUUCCAGAACCUUGUGAUGUUCCUGAGCGUCCUCGUGGACUGGAUGAUUCCAGACAUCCCCACGGACAUCAGCGAUCAGAUCAAGAAAGAGAAGAGCCUGCUGGUAGACUUCUUCCUGAAAGAGGAGCACGAGAAGCUCAGGCUGACGGGCGAGGCGGCCCCCAGGAGCCCAGGAAGCGCUGACCUCAGCAGGAGGAGCCGGACAGCCAGCCCGGCACCCUCAGGCCGGAGCCAGCUGGGCAGCAUGGCAUCGUCCGGUUCUCAGCACACCAACGUGUGAGCCGCAGCCAUGGCAGAGGAGGGCCGGCGGCAGAGACGUGCACGCACAGACGUGUCCCUGCACCCGUGCGGGUGCUAUCUGGCUGCCCGGGCCUGGCACCCGGGAGUCUCGAAAGACAGCGUGUGUGAAAAGAGAGUGCCCUGGAGAAAAAGUGCAGGAAGCGGGAGACAUGAUGCUGCUUCUCAGAAACGACAGGCUUGAGUUUCUUUUAGGUCCUCUUCUGAGCUGUAUCCUUUUGGGGGGGAUUGGAACCCCACUGGGGUCUCUCUACCCCAGAGUUUCCAGGCACCGUGAGCCUUCCCAUGUGUCCUGGGGCAUCCUCUCGUGUGUAUAUCAGCAGCUUCUCAGGCGACCCCGGGGCCGGGGGGAAAUGCGGUUUGCAUCACCGCCGCCUCCUUCUGUCUCUGCGAGAAAACCGGAGUCACUGGCAAGGCUGCUGUCACAGCCGCAGCAGAUGCAAAUUAAGUUAUAGGGUUGAGUGCUGCGGCCACUGGACCUGAGGGUGCAGAGCAACGGUACAGACCUGGGCCUGUCCCCAGGUCAUGUUACAAGGACGCGUGGAGCUAACUGUAACUGACCAUCAUUUUAUGCAAGCUCAGAUUUAAAAUAAUAAAGUAAAUGGAAACAUUCUUU